AUGGAAACAAGAAACAAUACAAGAGUUUUAGAAUUUCUUCUGCUGGGAUUUUCAAAGGAUCCAGAACUGCAGCCCCUCUUCUUUGGGCUUUUCCUGUCCAUGUACCUGGUCACUGUGCUGGGAAACCUGCUCAUCAUCCUGGCCACCAUCUCAGACUCCCACCUGCACACGCCCAUGUACUUCUUCCUCUCCAACCUGUCCUUUGUGGACAUCUGCCUCACUUCCACCACCAUCCCCAAGAUGCUGGUGAACAUCCAGACACAGAGCAAGGUCAUUACUUAUGCAGGUUGCAUCACACAGAUGUGCUUUUUCUUGUUUUUUAUAGAAGUGGACAACUUCCUCCUGGCUGUGAUGGCCUAUGAUAGGUAUGUGGCCAUCUGCCACCCGCUGCACUACACUGUCAUCAUGAAUCCCAGGUUCUGUGGUUUGCUGGUUGUGGUGUGCUGGAUUCUGAGUGUCCUGCAUGCCCUGUUUCAAAGCUUAAUGGUGUUGCGACUGUCCUUCUGCACACACUUAGAAAUCCCCCACUUUUUCUGUGAACCUAAUCAUGUGGUCCAACUUGCUUGUUCUGACACCUUCCUUAAUGAGGUGGUAAUGGAUUCUGCACUUGUACUGAUGGUUAUUGGCCCCAUCGCUGGCAUCGUUUACUCCUAUGCUAAGAUAACUUCCUCCAUCCGAGCAAUCUCAUCAGCUCAGGGCAAGUACAAAGCCUUCUCCACCUGUGCGUCUCACCUGUCCAUUGUCUCCCUAUUUUAUGGCACAGGCCUGGGUGUGUAUCUCAGUUCUGCUGCAGCCCAGAGCUCACACUCCAAGGCAACAGCCUCGUUGAUGUAUACUACGAUCACCCCCAUGCUGAACCCCUUCAUCUACAGUCUGAGGAAUAAGGAUGUGAAGAGAGCUCUGAAAAGUCUCUUUGGAAGAAUAGUGUAG